AUGUCCGAAUCGUCCACGCCGAGAAAACGGUCCAUCCCGGAAGAUGAAGAUUUGCCCAGUUUUGAUGAUCCUGCUGAUAAGGUGAACGCCGUGAUAUCUCAAUUGCAGGCACCUGAAGAAAAGACAAACGUUGCCCUCACGUUUGCCAACGACAAGAACUUGGCCACCGAGGUGCAGGCAUACGCCAAGAUUGCAGGUACCGAUUGGACUUUCUAUGUCAAGUCCCUUGCUGUAUCCAUUGGACGGAAUACUGACGUCCCCAUUGGUAGCCAACAAGUGUCAUCAGCAGCCCUAAUUGAUAUUGAUUUGGGACCUGCUAAAGUUGUAUCUCGACAACAUGCCAACAUCAAUUACAACUUGGACUUGAGAUGUUGGGAAUUGAAAGUUUUAGGAAGAAAUGGGGCCAGAAUUGAUGGUCAAAAAGUCCCCGUUGGGAGUGCACAUUCGACCCCAUUACAUUCUGGAGCUAUUUUGGACAUUGGAGGCACCCAGAUGAUGUUUAUUUUGCCCGAUUCUCCUCCAACAUUGCCCAAGAAACUCCUUAAUAUGUAUUUGGCCAAGUAUAAGGCCAAUAUGAACAAGAGAAAGAGCGUGAUUCUGACAGGAGGAGGUGCCGGAGGGAUUAAUUCGCAUUAUCCACAACAACACUCGUUACCAGUGCACCAUAAUCAGCCUCAAAUUAAAAGUUUCCAAAUGUUUGACAAGGCCCAACUUUCUCAAUCACCUACGACCUCUGCCACGUCUUUACAGAACAAUCUUGACCAAGAUUUGUCCAAGGAAGAAGCCAAGGACAUCAAGCCACCUUAUUCGUAUGCCACCAUGAUUACGCAAGCCAUCUUAUCAAACGACGAUGGGGUGAUGUCGUUAUCAGAGAUCUACAAUUGGAUUUCCUCUCAUUAUGCAUAUUACAAGUAUUCGAAAACUGGAUGGCAGAAUUCUAUUAGACACAAUCUUUCGUUGAACAAGGCGUUUGAGAAGGUUCCUAGAAGACCCAAUGAACCGGGUAAGGGGAUGAAAUGGCAGAUCAGUGAAUCAUAUAAGGAGGAUUUCUUGAAUAAGAUCCUGAGCGGAUCACUUCUGAAACAACGAAGAGGUUCAUCCGUGUCUAGACAAUUACAAUUACAUUUGGCCACACAUCAACAACUCCCAGAACCUCAAAAAUAUUAUCUGAAGGAAAGCAAUAAUUUCCAUCAAAGGACUGAUUCCUUGCCAAAAUUGGGUCAACCAAUUCAAUACGGACAAGCCCCACCAAUGAACCCUGUACAGCCGAAUGCAUUAGCAUUUCUUAAUAAUAACCAGCAGCAGCAACAGCAGCAACAACAACAACACCUUCAACAACAAUUUCUCCAGCAACAGCAGCUUCUUCAUCAUCAACAACAACAGCAACAGCAACAACUUCAGGGUAGAGCCUUCCCUCCUUCAUACGGGUUCCAAGCACCUGCACCACCUCAUAUGAUGUAUGGUAACCCAAUGGCUCAACGUCAACCAGGAGGUAUGGGUCAACCAGGAGCUGGACCAGGACCUGUAGCACCACCUCUCCAACAACACACUCAACAUCAACACCAACAAUCAGCUCCAGGUGGACAACCACAGCAAUUGAAGGCAGAAUUAUCAUCACCAAUGAGACAAUCAAGUGAUAUGAAUAGCACAACACCUAAACUCCCAAAGGUUGUAGGUCAUAAUUUGUUCAAUUUACCACCACCAUCAACUGGUCAGUCGAGUACCACCGGGUCCUCAGCACCGCAAGCACAUCAUUCACGUUCGAAUUCAUAUAACCAGCCUGGAGAAAAGGGUGAACCAUUUGCCCCAAUCCCAGCAUCCGAGCAACAAGGUGGUAACUCUACUACCACUGGAGGUAGCAGUGGUUCCACCACUGGAGCCAGUGGGCAACCAGGCACAGGGUCGACGGACUUAAGCUUAGGAUUUACUAGUCCUAAGAAGGUUGCACCUUUGGAAGCAUUUACCCCAGAGAGAGGAUCCAAAUCCGGAAGUGGAACAAACAGUAAACUUGGCGUCCCCAGUGGACCUCAUACUAAUCAAUCAUCACCAGCAUUUUGGAACUUUGUUCAAUUCAGCACCCCCAAUGGACAAACUCCAUUACGUAAAAAUAGCGAUGAACUGAAUGGACUGGGAAGUCCAACCUUGAAUCGUAAACCUCAAAAUGAUAAAGUUGGCGAACUCCAACACUCUAAAUUCUUGGAUGAAAAGCCAGAUUAUUCACCCCUUAAAGGUAAAACGGGAAGUGAGAAGAUACAAAGCGAAGAUUCCAAGUUGAAGGAGGGUUCUCAACAUAGUGAAGUGAACGCCUAG